GCUUCACCUCUUCUGCCUCUUCUCUUCCUCCUCUACCAGGAUGUGGCACUCGGCGGCUCUGCUCCUCUCUGGAUUCUCGGCUCUGAUCCACGUGUCGUUGCAGGGUCCUCACCAGAGGAACCUGCUGAAAAACCUCUUGAAGGACUACAACCGGAUGGAGCGGCCGGUGGGGAACGACUCCCACACCCUCACCGUGGUCUUCUCCCUCAGCCUGAUACAGAUCAUGGACGUGGAUGAGAAGAACCAGGUCUUAACCUCUAACAUGUGGCUGCAGAUGAAUUGGUUCGAUCACUAUCUCCAGUGGAACCAGAGCGAUCACCCCGGCGUGAAGAACCUCCGCUUCACCACCGAUCAGGUCUGGACUCCAGACAUCCUGCUCUACAACAGUGCAGAUGACGACUUUGACUCCACGUUUAAGACCAACGUGCUGGUGAACUCCAGCGGCUACGCCAAGUAUAUGCCUCCAGGAAUCUUCAUGAGCACGUGCAACGUGGACGUUCGCUGGUUCCCCUUUGACAUCCAGAAGUGUGAGCUGAAGUUUGGCUCGUGGACGUACGACGGCUGGCUGCUGGACCUGCAGAUGAACGAGGCCGACACGUCGGGCUACAUGCCCAACGGGGAGUGGGACCUCAUCGGCGUUCCCGGCACCAGAAAUGAAGUCUUUUAUGACUGCUGCAAGGAGCCUUACCCGGACGUCACGUUUGUGAUCACGAUCCGCCGGCGGACGCUCUACUACGCCCUGAACCUGCUCAUUCCCUGCGUGCUGCUGUCCUCCAUGACCCUGCUGAUCUUCGUGCUGCCGGCUGAUUCUGGGGAGAAGAUCUCGCUGGGUAUCACCGUCUUGCUGUCUCUCACGGUGUUCAUGCUGCUGGUGGCAGAGAUCAUGCCAGCCACGUCCGACUCCGUCCCUCUUAUAGGUCAGUACUUCGCCAGUAUAAUGAUCAUCGUCGGGAUGUCGGUCAUCGCCACCGUGGUGGUUCUGCAGUAUCAUCACCACGACCCCAACGGAGGAAACAUGCCAAAAUGGGUGCAGCUCGUCCUGCUCCAGUGGGUGGCGUGGUUCCUGCGCAUGAAGCGGCCGGGCGAGAACGACGACCCCGAGCGGCCGCCGUGCGCCCCCCACCUGCGGCGCUGCUCCUCCGGCUCGCAGAGCGGGAGCAUCCCCAACCCGGUGGACCCCGCCCUCCACCCGCUGCACCCGCAGAGCCUGGCGCCCCUGCAGACGGUGUCCCUCCACGCCGGGCACCCCCACCUCCACGCCCAGUCCAGCGCCAACAACAACGGGAACCUGCUGUACAUGGGCUUCCAGAGCAUGGAGGAGUCGUCCGUGCUCUCCGAGCCCAUCCAGAGGAACAACCUGUCGGCGGGGCCGCCGCGGGUGGCGGGCAGCCCGCCGCCGCACCUGCCGUCUCAGUUCUGCGGCUCGCCGCCGCCUCCGACCCCCAACGUGGAAACUGUGGGCUGCCCCAGCACCGUGUCCAGCGGCGGGGGGUUCGGGGGCGGGGCCGGGGGCUGCUCGGCGGCGGGCAUCGGAGACCCGCAGCUGCAGGCCAUCCUGGAGGAGGUGCGCUACAUGGCGGACCGCUUCCGGGAGCAGGACGAGACGGAGAGCAUGGCCGACCAGUGGAAGUUCGCGGGCGCCGUGAUCGACCGGCUGUGUCUGGUGGCGUUCAGCGUCUUCAACAUCAUAUGCACCAUAUCCAUCCUGAUGUCCGCUCCCAACUUUGUGGAGGCUAUUUCAAAAGACUUUGUUUGAACUCAACGUG